CCGAGAACUUAAUUCCUCCAGUUUCAUCCUUUGCCUUUCUCUUUUCUUCUUUGCCCUUUUCACAUCUGAAACAAAUAAAGUUCCCAUCAAGCUCCCCUCCUCCAUAUACGAAAAAACCAAAAUGAAGACUGUUGGAUUCGCAAAGCCAUGCACAAUCCCACCCACUAGAGACAUGACAUUAGAGUGCUGCAAUAUUCUCACUCAACCCACAAGACUCAACAAAAAGUUUAUACAAAACCAAUCCUUAAGAAAAUGGCAAGGCUUGCGCGACCCGGUUCGGAAUGAUUCCAUUGCGUCCGGCCGGCCGGUUAAACUAAGACGGAAAUGGAUGGAAUAUCAAGGUAUUCGAAACUGGGAAGGCUUGCUUGACCCUCUCGAUGAUAAUUUACGCGGAGAAAUACUUCGUUAUGGAGACUUUGUCGAUGCUGCGUAUAAAUCCUUCGACUUUAAUCCUUCAUCACCCACCUAUGCAAACUGCCGGUUCCCAAAGCGCACAUUGUUUGAACGUUCCGGUUUUCGAGAUACUGGUUACCGGGUAACCAAACAUCUACGUGCAACAUCAGUAAUCCAACUUCCACGUUGGAUGGAAAAAGCACCCAGUUGGAUGUUUACCCAGUCCAGUUGGAUUGGAUACGUAGCCGUGUCUCAAAAUAAGGCAGAAAUUGCGAGGCUAGGGCGCAGAGACGUGGUGAUUGCCUUUAGAGGUACUGCCACUUGCCUUGAAUGGCUGGAGAAUCUUAGAGCAACCCUGACCCAACUCCCAAAUACAGAAUGUGAUAAAAACGGCUCUGACGAAAGCGGGCCCAUGGUAGAACGUGGGUUCUUGAGCCUUUACACUUCAGGAACUCCAAUUCGCCCUAGCUUACAAGAAAUGGUGCGUGAAGAGAGCAAAAGGCUACUCCAAACUUAUGGAGAUGAACCUCUUAGCUUAACCAUUGCAGGCCAUAGUCUCGGGGCUGCUCUUGCUACUCUUGCAGCUUAUGACAUCAAGACUACAUUCAACCGCGUGCCAGUACUUGUGACUGUCAUUUCUUUCGGGGGUCCACGUGUCGGUAACCGGAGUUUCAGACAGCUCCUGGAUAAACAAGGAACGAAAGUCCUACGUAUAGUAAAUUCGAAUGACGUGAUAACAAAAUUACCUGGAUUUGUUAUCGAUGGAGAUCAGAAUGAUGUGGCAGAUAAAGGAGACCUGAUCAGUAUGGCAAGCUUUCCAAGUUGGAUCCAAAAAAGGAUGGAGGAUACACAGUGGGUCUAUGCAGAAGUUGGGAGGGAGCUAAGACUUAGUAGCAAGGAUUCUCCAUAUCUCAACAGCAUUAACGUAGCGACAUGUCAUGAUUUGAAGACUUACCUGCAUUUGGUGAAUGGAUUCGUAAGCUCUUCUUGUCCUUUCGUAGAAAAAGCAAAAAGGUUUCUUGGUAACCGCCGUAGAUAA